UCACAGAAUAAUGGAUAAUUUCCGAUCGGAAAUUCUCAAGGAAACUCGAGAAUUAAUGCUCAAUGAGCAGCAACAUGAGGAAAGCAUGAAAUCUUGGAACGGACCUGAAACGAAAGGAUUUGAAUUAAAAUUCGGAGGCACCAAGCGAGGAGUUCCACAGAACUCUGGAGUAGUUGGUCAGGUUUUCAUCAGUGAGGAUGGAGGAUUUGAAGCAAUCAUAACUGGAUAUGUCAUAAAAAACAGUCUCCGUUCCAUCGCAGCUUCUUUCACAGUAACUCCUUCGUCUUCUCUGAAAUCUGAUUUGUCGGAAGGUCUUCAUCCACUCGUGCUUGCUAUUGGAUCAGCUCUUACUCUCAAUCAUAUUUUGAUGCUCGGCUCUCUGCGUGACAAAAUUCUGAAAAACUUGACACCCAAGAGUGUUGCAAAACUCAUUUUAUCGAACAAGAAAUCUCAGCAAAUUCUUACAUCUGAUGCGGUCGAUAACACAUUCUGGAAGAAACGUUUAAACAAUGAUUUUGGAAAUGAAACUGUACAAAAUACGAUCACCACCGGCCGAAAAUUCUAUGGAAUGUAUUGCCAGAAAGCAAAUGAGUCGAGAACUACAGCGAGAAGAAAUGAACCAGUUCGUAAUGAAAAUCCGCUUAUGAUCGGUGGACCACGUCAUCCUCCUAGACAUCCUGUUCAUGACCCUUACGGGAAUCGUUUUCCUGAUCCGGAUACUGAAUACUACAAUCCCCUCGGAGGUUUCUUGCCACCAGGUGUACCACGCGCCGGAAAUCCAAACAUUCCAGACCUGUUCCGUGGACCUGAUCAUCCGGAUCUCAAUCCACUGGGCCCAUUAGGACAGCCACGUGGAGGAGGAAGUCACGGAAGACCAUUCAUGAGAGAUCCCAAUGGAAGAUUCGGUGGAAACGGAGGUGGUGGUGGCUUCGACGGAUACAUCUGAAAACCAUAAUUGUUGUAUUAAAUGUGUAUUUUAUAUUUAUUUGAAUGCUACUCCGUCAGCUCCAUGAGCGUGUUAAAAUUAGAAAAGUCUUGUAUAGCUUGCAAUAUUAAAAAUGCAAACUACGAAACCAAGAUAUCUAUCAAAAUCGGAAAAUAGGUUAGAGGGGGUUUAUAUUUAAUAUGUAUUGAGCAUGCUACAAGAAACCAAACACACAAAAGCCUUAUAAAUUCCAGAAACUCUCACGUCUACAUGACUAUAAAAGCCUGUCUCAGAAAAGCCUGUCUCAGAAAUUUUGUUCGGAAAACGUCCCGGUCAACUUUUUGUUGACAAUGUUUUACCCUCUUCCCCCCCUCAUACUUAGUCACCGGACUCUUGCGGGUCCAAAUGAUUAUUUUAUAUCUAUUUAUUCAUUCUUUUUUCCUUCACUUCACUGCUUUGUUGUAAUUGUAUCAUUAUGAUUGUUGCCUGAUGAAUAAAUAUAAAUAAAUGAAA